AUGGCAGAGACGUCGAUCGCGGCUUCGGCCCCCACAGUCCCGGACUCUCCAUAUCCGUUGCCCCGUGUCACCAUCCGCUUCUGUACGCAAUGUAAAUGGAUGCUUAGAGCCGCCUACUUCGCGCAGGAGCUCCUCUCGACCUUCUCGACCUCCCUCGGCGAAGUAGCGCUGCAGCCCUCGACGGGCGGGACCUUCGUCGUCGAGAUCGUCUUCGCGCAGCCUAGCCCCUCCCCCACCUCCACUUCCACCUCACCCACUUCGUCGGACCCCAAGCCCGCGAUCCAGAAGCGCGUGCUCUGGGACCGCAAGACCGACGGCGGGUUCCCGGAGACCAAAGAGCUGAAGCGGCGAGUCCGGGACGCGAUCGAGCCGGGGCGGAACCUAGGGCACGUGGACAAGGAUUACCACCACGCCGCUGUCCCUACCCCCGCCGCCCCCUCGGCCCCCUCAUCCACAUCCUCGUCCACCUUCCCCUCCACCGCGCACCCCCAAUCGCAACAACCUCAUCAUCAUACCAGUCCGUCGAGCUACGGCGCCGCAGAAGCAGCCCGGUCCGCGCAGGAAGAAGAAGCGCGGGCGAAAGAGCAGCGGCGCGUCAGCCUCGCCAAGAUCGAGAAGGACAACGCGCUGGGCCUGAACACGCACCCGGACGAGAACAUUGGCGGGGCGUGCCGGCCGGGGACGGAGAGCGCGGCGACGAACGCGAAGAUAGAGGGCGGGUGCGAGGAUUGUAAAUGA